UCAACUUAGUCAAGUGUUAAUUACGCUAACAGAAACAGUGAAAGAAUUUUUUAUUAUAAAUUAUUUUUUUCAACAAAAUAAAAAAAAUUUUGUUACAAAACAUAAAAAAGGAAACCAAAAAAGUGCAAAUAUGGAAUUGAAAAGAAAUAUUUUCUUUAUUUUAACAUUUAUUGUUGCAUUAUCAUUGAGUUCAUAUGCAAUUCCAAAGGAGCAUAAUAAUCGAUAUGCAAGAGCAGUAAAUAAAUCCCAUCAUUUAAUUGUUGGAGCACGUUUACCAGGCGAUAGAUUACUUUUAAAGCAAAAUGUUGUGAAAAAUUCCAGUUGGAUGAAAGUUGUAAUUGUGGAAAAAACAUUUAAUGUCACACGUUAUGAAAGAAUAACACAAGUUGCUGCAUAUGAUCAAAAAACAAAUGGAAAUGGUGCCUAUGCCUCACUUCUUAAUGGUGGUCCUGGAAAUCAAAUGGUUAGAUUGAAAUUUAAAUCACAACGAGGACAUGGAAUUAAUUUUAUUGUUGAACUUUAUGGACGUUAAUUUUUUCUGCAUUAAAAAAAAAAUAGAAAAGCAGUUUUUUUUUUUUGUAUAAAACUAAAAUUAUUUGUAAAUAUUUUCUGUUAAUGAAAUUAUUAUAAAUAAAUUAUUAUUUAUUUGUUAAUAAAGACAGUAGAAAUUUAUUAAAAA